AUGGAACCCAUCGAGGACCAAAAAAAAAAAAAACUCGCCCGGGUUCGCGAGAACCAGCGCAAAAGCCGUGCUAGAAAGCAAGAAUAUACGCGCGAGCUAAAACAGAAGCUUACUUCAUUUAAAGAACAGGCGCAUCAGAAAGAUAUUGAGCAUCGAUUGACGGUUCAGAGACUAGAAGCCGAGAACGGACGGUUGAAAUCUCUUCUGGUUGCUGCGGGUGUGCCCGGGAGUGUUGUCGGGGGGUAUUUGCGGACGACGGGGGAGAACGAGAUUUGUCGGAAGGUUGCGAUCCCGGCUUUGAAGAGGCCUAGGUCUGGGGAGUCGCAGUGUCAGAGUAGGCGUUCUUCAGAAAAGGAAACGAGUAGCAAUGCGGGUUGUUGUGGGAAGCCGGAUCAAUCGAUUUCUAUCAGUAACCCGGAGGUAAACCCUGAUAUUAGGAUGGACAUUGUUCGUCCAUCCGUGUCUCUGAGGAGCCAGAUAUGCGGGAGUGUGGUGGAUGAUCCGUCAUUCCCUACUAAUGAAGAUGUUCUAAAUACCACUCUUUGUGCGAUUGCGGAAGAGCUGAUCAGCCAGUACAAUACCCGAGGGGUCGAUCUGGCAGUCAUACAGAAGAAACUCUGUAUUGGUUUUACGAAGAGUUGUGCUACGGGGGAAGAAUGCAGAGUGCAAAACCAUAUUCUUUUUCAGGUUCUGGAUGAGAUCAAUGGUGAUUGA